AGAGGUUUUGAAGACGCGAGUCGAGAGAUGGCUGAAUUCAGAAGUGGGCACGGAGCGCGCGAGGCAGGACCGGCAGGAACAGAGCUGUUGAGCCUGCUGCAACAUGGAGGACUGCCUUCACACUUCUUCCGAAAACCUUUCCAAGCUGGUCAGCUGGGCCCACAGCCACGGGACCAUAUGCACCCUCAUUCCAAAUCUGAAGCACCUUCUUUCAGAGGGCUCACAUGGCAACCUGACAGCUAUGUGGGGCUGCAGCGCAGGCCAUGCCUAUCACUGGCCUCUGACAGCAACCUGUAGAGCUGGCUCUCAGGAAAGAGUAUGUUUCCAGGAUAACAGGAGCUUCAACUCGGACAGCCCCAGCCUCAUGGGAAUGCCCUCGGACACACAAGCCAGCCCAGUGGAACGCUACUCUGGGAGGCCAGGGAAAGCAAAGUUGGACUACAACAGAACCAGAGACUCCUGUGAUUUCUCUUACUGCAGCGAGCCCUCAGAGAUAGAUGAAACCGUGGAGGAAUAUGAAGAUGAAGCUACUCUUUUUGACAUGGUCUGUGAGUCCUCAGUGACAGAUGAAGAUAGCGACUUUGAACCUCGCCCUCAAAGAUCUCAGACCAAUUCCCGCAAAAGGCCAGCCCCGGUCGCCACCUCCUCGUUCCAUCCAGCCUCCCAUUCUCAGGUCAUUGACGAGAACAGCAGCAAUGUGCCCGUCAAAAAAAUCAAGCAAGAACUCCCCGAGGAUUAUUACAUUGUGGCGAACGCAGAGAUCACCGGCGGCAUCGACGGCCCCGCGUUGUCCUUGACACAGAUGUCGAAACCCAAAACUCACCCUGCAGCCUCCUACCCUGUGCCGUCUAAAUCUGCCCCUCAUUCGCCACCUUCACUCAUUGCUGAAUAUGAUUUGCAGAACAUCUCUGCCUCCUCCCAGAAGCUUCCCAAAGUAACUCUGGCUACUCCAAGUAAAGGGCCUGGUAGCAGCCUGGCCGCCAACCCUCAGGCAGCCCUGCAGAUGCCUGCCAGCACUUCCAAUCCUGGCAAGCCAUUAAGCAUUCCUUUAUCAGCCUUGCAACUCCCUGGGCAAGAGGAGCAAGCAGCCUCAGAAGAUGCCCUCCAGCCUGUGCCAAAUCAGGUUCCCAGCGAUGUAGCAAUGUCUCCUUCUGCUAGCACAGAGCCAGAAGUCAGCUCCAGUCAGCAGCACUCAAGCACAGCUUCCGCCAUCACCACAGAGCCAAUGGCACAGACAAUACCAGACCAAGAUGAGAGAGCUGCAGAACUGAGCAGAGAGCAAAAUGAGAAAACCAUACGCAGUACCCAGACAGCUCUUCGAAACUUCAGGGAGUUUCUCAUCUCUAAGUAUCCCUCGGAAACCCCCUAUUCAACAAAGCUCAAUAAAUUCCCCAUCUUCAAUUUUGAUGAUGACUUGAAGUACUUCUGCAUCAGUGCGGUGAGCCCAAAUACAACAAAAGCAACUCUGUAUGCUCUGAAUGUGUGGCGAUACUGGUGUAUGACGAAAGGCCUGAAAGAUUACAUGGACAUUACAAAGAUCCCAGCAGUGAAGCUGAAUGAGCUCCUUGAAGAUUUCUAUGUCACCGUGAAGAAAACCGACGGCUCUGAUUUCCUGGCCACCUCUCUUCACGCUAUCCGCCGAGGGUUAGACCGGAUCCUGAAGAAUGCUGGGAUUGGUUUCUCCAUCACAAGCGGAAGCUUUGGUUCUUCCACCAAGAAGCUCAAGGAGAAGCUGAGGGUGCUCAGCAAGGCUGGCAUGUCCGGUGCCCGCUCUCGCAACAUCAUCUAUUUUUCACUUUCCGACGAAGAAGAGAUGUGGAGGAUUGGGUGCUUGGGUGACGGAAGCCCAGUAGCAUUGCUGUCCACCGUGGUAAAAUACAACAGCCAGUACCUCAACAUGAGGACACUUCAGGAACAUGCUGAUUUAAUGUACGGUGACAUUGAGCUGCUGAAAGAUUCACAGAACCGGCCCUUUUUUGCCAGAACAGACAAUGUGAAACGGGAGAAAAGGCUGGGCUCAAACGGAGUGUGCUACGGCCAGAUAUACCAUGACCACUCCAAAGGGCACAAGGUUUGUCCUUACUGCCUCCUUUACAAGUACAUGUACAUCCACCGGCCUCCUUCGCAAAUGGAAGGCAAGUCCCCUUUCUACUUGACUGCUCGGAAGGAGACUAUUGGCAUGGGCAGCGUCUGGUAUGAGGAGCAGAGGAUGGGCUUGCGGUCGCUGAGGGGGGUCGUCCCAAAGCUGGCCAAAAAGGUCAAGCUUGACCACUGCGAGAACUUCACUUUCAUCUCCUUCACCCAGGCCUCCCGGAAGUUUGGCUCUCUGAACUCCUAUCAGUAAGGGCCAAACUAGGUGUGAAGUUAAUUGCGUGAAUGCAAUUGCUCUGCAUUUUUAUUUUUAU